AGCUGGACUUACUAAAUGCGUCUGAUUGGGAGAAGAACCUUUGCAAAAUUCAACAGGAUGUCCAUCCAAGCUGCCCUUAUAGAUCUCAGCGGUACUCUACAUGUGGAGGAUGACCCCACUCCAAACGCCGUUGAGGCUCUAAAGAGAUUGCGUGGAUCCGGCGUAGCCGUCAAAUUCGUAACAAACACAACCAAGGACUCGAAGGCCACGCUUCACGAUCGACUCUGCAAGAUUGGCUUUCAGUUGGAUCCCUCGGAGAUCUACAGCUCCUUGAGUGCCGCCGUAACGUAUGUGGAGAAGAGUAAGCUCAAUCCAUUUUACCUCCUCUCAGAAGAUGCUCGUCAGGACUUUCCUCCGGAGGAUACGAAACGUUACCAGGACUCGGUGGUAAUUGGACUGGCCCCCAAAGCGUUCAACUAUGACUGUUUAAACAAGGCAUUUAAUGUUCUCCUGGAAAACAAGAAUCACCAACUGGUGGCCAUACAUCAGGGUAAAUUUUAUAAACGCAAUGAUGGGCUAGCCCUUGGUCCUGGGUGCUUUGUAAAGGGCCUGGAAUUUGCUACUAGACGAUCCGCCAAAUUGAUUGGCAAACCAAAUCCUUACUUCUUUGAAGGAGCUUUGGAUGGCCUAGAUCCGUCCUCCUGCGUUAUGAUAGGAGAUGAUGCCAAUGAUGACAUUGUCGGUGCCAUGAGCGUUGGUAUGCAGGGAAUUCUGGUCAAGACCGGGAAAUAUUUACCGGAUGUUAAUCCUUCACCGCCUCCCACUGCAUUGGUGGAAAACUUUUCCGAGGCUGUCGAUUGGAUUAUAGAGAAAAACAAACAAAAGUCUGCUUAAUGGAAUGAUUUUUUGUUUAGUUUAGAUUGACUGAUAUUUCUAAAUUAUUUGUAGUUGAUUCUGUGUAAAAUUUGUAAAUUAUUGUUAUUUUUUUUAAGGAAAAUUAAAAUUUGUUUCGACAUUUCCUAUCCAGUCUCUAGCCUUUCGUUAGCUUUUACAUUUUUUCUUCGUCCUCCUCAACAGAGAAAAA